UAGGGAAGGCAGAAAGUAGGUCAGGGACGGAGGUGCCUGUUUACCCGCGCCGGACUCACCGCCGCCGCCGCCGCGGGAUCCGAGUGCGGGCGCGGGUGCGGGCGCUCCCGGCGAGCCACGGUGGUGCUGGCUGGAGUGCAUGCUUUUGGACCCAUCCUUAACUUUUCAAAUGUGGAAUCUUAGGCCUUCAUUGGUUUUUGGAAGAAGUUGACUGCCUGGAAGGAAAUUACAAAACAUGAAAAUCUCUUUGAGGUGACCAGAAAAUCCAGCAGCCCCUUGCUCCUCCCAGCUGUAACUUCAGAUGAGAGAACGUGGGCCCAGAGGGAGGGAUUGACAGCUCCAGUCAUAGCCUGUGGAGCUCAGAGCCCUUGGUGGCCCACAGGGCACAGCCUCUUCAACUGGGUUUGGAGUUGGAGUCCCUUGUAAGAGCUUCCAAUGGCGGACCAGAGAAUGGACAUUUCCUCAACAAUCAGUGACUUCAUUUCCCCAGGCCCUACUGACCUGCUUUCCAGUUCCCUGGGCACCAGCAGUGUGGAUUGCAACCGCAAGCGGAAAGGCAGCACCACCGACUACCAACUUGAUGACUUUUCUUUUGAAGAAAGCAUGGACACAGACAAAGAUGACCCUCAUGGAAGGUUAGAAUACACAGAACACCAAGGAAGGAUAAAAAAUGCAAGAGAAGCUCACAGUCAAAUUGAAAAGAGGCGUCGGGAUAAAAUGAACAGUUUUAUUGAUGAGUUGGCUUCUUUGGUACCAACGUGCAACGCAAUGUCCAGGAAAUUAGAUAAACUGACUGUGCUAAGGAUGGCUGUUCAGCACAUGAAAACGUUAAGAGGUGCCACCAAUCCAUACACAGAAGCAAACUACAAACCAACCUUUCUGUCGGAUGAUGAGCUGAAACACCUCAUUCUCAGGGCAGCAGAUGGAUUUUUGUUUGUCGUAGGAUGUGACCGAGGGAAGAUACUCUUUGUCUCAGAGUCUGUCUUCAAGAUCCUCAACUAUAGCCAGAAUGAUCUGAUUGGUCAGAGUUUGUUUGACUAUCUGCAUCCUAAGGAUAUUGCCAAAGUCAAGGAGCAGCUCUCUUCUUCCGACACCGCGCCACGGGAGAGGCUCAUAGAUGCAAAAACUGGACUUCCAGUUAAAACAGAUAUAACCCCCGGGCCGUCUCGAUUAUGUUCUGGAGCACGACGUUCUUUCUUCUGUAGGAUGAAGUGUAACAGGCCUUCAGUAAAGGUUGAAGACAAGGACUUCCCCUCCACCUGCUCAAAGAAAAAAGCAGAUCGAAAAAGCUUCUGCACAAUCCACAGCACAGGCUAUUUGAAAAGCUGGCCACCCACAAAGAUGGGGCUGGAUGAAGACAAUGAACCAGACAACGAGGGGUGUAACCUCAGCUGCCUUGUCGCAAUUGGACGACUGCAUUCUCAUGUGGUUCCACAACCGGUGAAUGGGGAAAUCAGGGUGAAGUCUAUGGAGUAUGUCUCUCGGCACGCAAUAGAUGGGAAGUUUGUUUUUGUAGACCAGAGGGCAACAGCUAUUCUGGCAUAUUUACCACAAGAACUUCUAGGCACAUCAUGUUAUGAAUAUUUCCAUCAAGAUGACAUAGGACAUCUUGCAGAGUGUCAUAGGCAAGUUUUACAGACAAGAGAAAAGAUUACAACUAAUUGCUAUAAGUUUAAAAUCAAAGAUGGUUCUUUCAUUACACUACGAAGUCGAUGGUUCAGUUUCAUGAACCCUUGGACCAAGGAAGUAGAAUAUAUUGUCUCAACAAACACUGUUGUUUUAGCCAACGUCCUGGAAGGCGGGGACCCAACCUUCCCACAGCUCACAGCGUCCCCCCACAGCAUGGACAGCAUGCUGCCCUCUGGAGAAGGUGGCCCCAAGAGGACCCAUCCCACUGUUCCAGGGAUUCCAGGGGGAACCAGGGCUGGGGCAGGAAAAAUAGGUCGAAUGAUUGCUGAGGAAAUCAUGGAAAUCCACAGGAUAAGAGGGUCAUCACCUUCCAGCUGUGGCUCAAGCCCACUGAACAUCACAAGUACUCCUCCCCCUGAUGCCUCCUCUCCAGGAGGCAAGAAGAACAUGCAUCUGUGUGAGGCUGGCUACAAAGCAUGUUGGUGGAGCUAGGGAGGCUUGCUGACAUCCUCAAGAGGAUUUUAUUCCAUGUGAAUGCCGGAAGGCAGAAGGAACAUUCUAAGGAAAGGGGAGCUGUCGGUCCGUUUCACUGAGGCAGCAAUUCAAGAGUUUCCAUGAGGGAAGGAUUAGUAAGUACCUCACUCAGAAAAGUAUCUCAUUAUUUGCCAGGAGUUUUCAAGGGAGAGAGUACCAUUAGUGUCCAGGGAAGGCACUGGAAACAGUACUUUGGAAGUCAAUUUAGGCUUUACAUUUAAAUACUAGGGAUCUCUCUGUCUCUUGGGUAUCCUCUGAGGUUACAGCAUUGGGCAGUUUGUCAGUCACCAACCCUCAUGAAGAUCUGGCUAGAUGAUGCUACAAAGAAGUUUAGAAAGCACUCAUCAGUUUUCAUCUUUGCCAAGAAUUUACAACAUAGGCCAUACUGUUUUAAAUAGUAUGAGUCCUAAGUCUAUGAAUAGUGCCAGAGGUUAGGGCAGCACAGGAGCCAGCAUCUUUGGAUACAAAGUUUUCUUCGUAUCUCCUAAAACACAUACAAGAGAAAGAGAAUUGGAAUUUACACAGAUGGGACUCCUAGGUUACAAACUAUUAGCAAAAGCAAGGUAGAGGCUUUCAAAAUUGGGCUCUUCAGAAGGUCAGGAUACCAAGAGAUAUGAGGCUCUUAGGUGGUAAGGUUACAGAGGUUGUUAAUAAAGACUGAGGAUAAGGACAGGACUCCUGAUUCUACCAAAGCAGCUUUUCUUCUAUUUUAUAUAUGAAUCUGAAGCAAAAUUUUCCAUUUGAAAAAGAUUUUUGCUGCCUCCCAAAGUUGAAAAGUCAGAACAGUCAAAAUAAGGUUGACUAAGCUUAUGAAGCCUGGCUUUGCCACGUGACAUGUACUUUUAAACUUGUAUUUUCCAUAUAUUGGAGCUGAUACUGGUCAGGACAGUCAGCAUCUUUGUACAUGAAGUUCUGUUAAGAGAGAAUAUGUGAAUGUGCCUCCCUUGAGAAUGACUAAGAAAACAUCACCAAUACAUGAAAUCUAGGUUUGGUACCCCCAUCUACUGUUUGCCAGUUAGGCACUUAGCUCUGUUCUUCUGUUAUACUUCUAAGUCCUUCCUCCAUAUCUCCUUAAGACUGGUCUCCCUGUCUCUGCUCUCAUUUCAACUUUUAGGUACCUGCCUUACAUAUUACUACGCAUUCUACUACUCAGAUUUGAAAAGUUAUUACUCCAGUGUGUUCUUAAAUAUUACUUAAGAGAAUUUCAUACAUACCUUGUCAUCUUAGUCUUACAACUUUACAGAUGACAACAUUCAAGCUCCCAAGAAUUUGUUUAAUAAGUAGAACCCUAAAUUACAAUCCAGGUCUUGUGCCACAGUCCCAAGUAUUUUUGAAGCAUUUAUGAAAUUCUCUUUCCUCUUCUUUGGGCUUAUAAAAAUGGGUCUGGGAGAAGAAAUUUUGAUUCUGUUCUCUCAAGAGAUGAGUCCUUAGCAGCAGGACUUACAAGAAAAGCAGCCCAAACAAGAUGGUGUUUAAAAUGACAGUGGAAUUAAAACUGCAGUGGAACACAGAGUAAAGGUGGCUCUUCCCAGUCACUUUGUUUUGUCAUUUAGCCUGAAGUUGUUUCAAUCAGGAUCAAACUAAAAAGGGGAGACUAAAGAAGCAUCUAUAGAACCCAGGAGAGUAAGAACAUCCAGGGGUGCUAAGGCAAAUUCAAAGAAAGCAGCAGUUCCACAAAUGUCAAAAGUCACCAGUAGUCAUUUAGGGAUCUCCAAGACUCUCUCAAGGAUUGGUGAGGUCAGUACUAUUUCCAUAACAAUGCCAAAACGUUACCCUUUAUUUUCACUGUUGAUACGUGCACUGAUAGUGCCAAAGCAAUGGAUGAAGCUGCUGAUGCUUCUGCAAAAACCCAAGCAGUGGCACCAAACUGCUAGAAGUCAUUGCAUUCACCACCACACUCUUGAAAUAAAAAGUAAUUAUCAGGUGGUAGAGAGCCUGCUUAGCAAGCAUGAGGCCUUGAG